AUGUUUUUUUUUUGUAUAAAUCAAUAGCAACAAAGUGAUCUCAUUAAAAAGUAAGACGCUGUCAAACGAAAACAAAAAUAAAUUUUAUAUCAAAUCAAUUGGUAAUUUUACAAGGAAUUUAAAAUGUUGGCUGCCAGAAGUUUGCGUAUAGCUGCUACCAGGUAUACACAUCCAGCUCUUUGUGUUUGGUCUUCAAAUGUUAGAACUAUUCCAAUAUUAGAAGCAACUACCACCACUUGGUAUACCAGACCAUUGGCUGUCGCCUACUCAAAAGACACAAAACCCGGAGCUUCUUUAGGUGAUACUGGAGUUAAACUACCUAGCAAAGAUCAAGUUGAAAGUUUUUUCUUCAAGUCUUUGGUGUAUUUAUGGGAUUUUGCUUAUUACGUUUUUUGUUUGUCUCACAAACUCGUGGAGAAAUAUGUUUUCAAUAAUUCUACAGUUCAACAUUAUUGGAAUUUACUACUCAAGCGUAUGGACGAUGCUCGUAAGGAGAUUAAAUCGAAAUAAAUUUAUUAUUAUUUAACGGCAUUUUUCUUUUAAAUUUUUAUAUUACUUUAAUUUUUGUUUGUUUUUGUAGUGCGCUAAAAUGUAAAAAAUUAAUUUUAAUAAAAUUUAAAUAACAUGAAUUCAUCAUUAA